ACAGAGUGUCAUGGCAACUCAGUAUGAUUGACGGGCGCAAGGGGAGAAAGCCUUCCACACUCGUAAUCUUUGGGAGAGCGUUUAUUCGUGCGAACGGUACGCUCAGAGUACCCCGCCGCUAAGCUCCGGCUAAGCUGAAACUAACCUUACCGUUAUAUUCAAUGCGAGGGAGACACCAAUCAUUUUUUUUCUCUUCCCCUCUCUCUCUCACUCCUUUCUCCUCUCGUUUCCCCGAUCAAGUAGGCCGCUGCAUGCAAGUGCUGUUCAUCAGAGAGAAACGAGCCAUUCAUUAGUUCAGCUCGCGAGACCCCGGGUCGUGUGGAUGCUUUUACUCGAACCAGCUUUAUACCGAGGAGGGGAAAGUGUGACGAAGAAGGAAAAAAAUCUGACCACUUUUCACGUCUAGCUUGCUACCUUGCAGGCCUGCCGAUGUGAUAUGUAGCAGCGGUCAAAACCCCGGAUUUGACAGGCCAAGGAAUAACCAUUAGUAGUUUUGUGACACUCCAUCUCGACGAAAAUCCUUGGAUGUCUCGGACUUUGUUUUUAUUUGUGGAUCAUUUUCUCUACACAUUUAUUGGACUAAUUUAGCGAAAUAUUUUCAUCAAGAGUUAGCGAAGAUAAAUUUGCGACAUGGCACAGAGGGGUUACGAUGAUGGUUUGCCGCACUAUGGUUCUUUAGAUGCUUCGUCUACCUCCAUGUACGAGGCCCAUGCUCCUCGGUCGGCCGUUCACUACUCACAAGCAUACGCUCAACCUCACAUGAACCACGCACCUUCAGUCGCACAUCCACAAUUUUACCCCGGACAUACACCUUCAAAUGUCAUCACUCCAUCGGUCACGCAAAGUGUCACAGAUAUUCACAAAAGGGACAAAGAUGCAAUUUACGGGCACCCGCUAUUCCCACUGCUCGCACUAAUAUUCGAGAAGUGCGAGCUAGCGACAUGUACCCCGAGAGAGCCCGGAGUGGCGGGCGGCGAUGUGUGCUCGUCGGAGUCGUUCAACGAAGACAUAGCCGUUUUUGCGAAACAGGUACACGAGGCAAGGGCGGAUAAACAGUACUUUUCCAGUAAUGAGGAACUGGAUAGUUUGAUGAUCCAAGCCAUUCAAGUAUUAAGAUUUCACCUUCUGGAGCUAGAAAAGGUAAGAAAAACAUAUUUGUAAUAAUCCAUAGCAACUUCACCAUGUUGAAUGAACCAUAAUUAACUUGUACAGUUGAUUAGAUUUAUACUUUUUGCUGCAUGUCUCGAGAAUACUUAAUAAUAUUUGUAAAUAUUACGUGUACUUUAAUAUUCUAUUAUUGUUCAGGAGUUCAGAUAUAACAGUUCUUUUGCGAUACUACAAUGUUAAAUGAAUCCAGUUAAUCUGUACGGUAUAUGUGAUUUAACCUUUUCGUUGCAUGCUUUAAGACUAAAGAUAUUUGUAUUACUAUAAUAAUUUAUUAUUGCUCAGGAGUUCAGAAAUUACAAUUCUUUAAUUGUACAGUGUGAAAUGAACCAUGACUAGUUUGUAUCGUCUAUGACUUUUUGUUGCAUGGUCGAAAACUACUUAAGAUAUUUGUAUUAUUAUGAAAAUCUAUUAUUGAAGUGUAUACUUUUGUAUCAUAUAAAAUAUUUUUGAAAAGUUUUUAUCAUUAAUGAAUGGAAAGAAUUAUAGGCAAAUGUGAUCUUUGCCCUUUGAUUUUUACAGACCAUCAGACUAUUAGUUUUUUAUUUUUUAGAUAAAAAAGAGGAUAUCUUGAUUGGCUUAAGUUGAAAUCAUUAAAUUCUUUAUGAGAUAUCAACUCCACUUCUAUAAGGCUGCAAUGAACCUCCCCAGCCCCCCCCCAAAUAUAUAUGUAUAUCAUAUCAAAUAAUAAUCCAUAAUCAUGGAUGAGCUUGUCCUGUCUGCAUGCUGUAUUGCCGUGGAUUUACAAUUCUUGUUAAAUAAACCUUGUAUCUUCUCUAAUGAAAAAUGUAUAUAAAUUUGUACAAAAUAAUGCAUAUAACCAUCUCACAAUCAUGGCAAAUGAAGGUAUAAUUUAAAAUAAAAAAGCAUUGAAAUGAAAUAAACAUCAGAUUGAGUUUGGCAGGCUUUGGAGAUGGGUUUGAGUUGCUUGUGAGAAGAGAAAAUUGCAAAACCACAGAUCUGUGUCUAUAUCCCUAUUUAAUUGAAAUGUCAUGAUAUCUUAUGCAUCUCUCAUUGAUGGGCGCUUUCCUCCCAGAGUUUGUUUCAGUUCUUUGGUUUUUUUGUUUUUGUUUUUAAGCUCUGGUCAUGGAAAUAUUGGAAUUAUUCAUUUCGGCCUCCUUUUGGAGGCAAGGAGAAAUUUAUGGUCUUGUGAGUUGGAGUCAGGAAAAUUGUAAAAUAAAACCCCUCUUAUCUUGGACAAAGAGAAAGUGGAUGCUUGUUGGCAGUCAAGCAUUGGCAGCCUAUAUUAGUUCAGAUUUUCUUUUUCAUUUGCCAAUUUGAAUAACAUCAAACUUUUAAUUCUACCUGGGAAUAUAAUGCCGAAUAACUUUGUAGAAUGAUAUGGUUGAUACCUGAUUUCAAUCUGCAUAUUUAUAAAUGUAUGCCAAACUCAUGAUGUAAUAAACAUAAAUCAAAUACUUCCUUAUUAUCAUUUAUUGGACGUUUCCAAGAUGUAUUCACAAGAAUUUCAAUUUAUAUAUAUUUUCCAUGUAUUUUUUCUAUUCAUAAAAUUGUUUUUCUCAUUUUGAAAAUGUGAUUUGAUAUUUAUAUUUUUUAUUUUAUGAAUUUUUUGUAAUUACAUGUAGGCCUAUGUGAAAUACCGAUUUCCUGUGAAAGUAUUAUUAUCAAUUAGAUUUUCAGAGCUGCCAAAUGGUAGAAUUUUUUCCUAUUAGGUAGGAUUUUUAUUAAAGAGGAUGGUGAGACUGAAUGUGAUUUUCCCUUUGAAAUAGGAUUUUUAAACUUAAGAAUGAUAGUUUUUGUAUGUUUUUUCAAAACUUGAAAUACAAAUAGGAUUUUAGGCUUGAAAAUAUGAUAAAAAGAAAUAAAAGAAUAGGGUUGUUUUCAAUUGGGGUGGGCAGCUCUUGAAAAUGGUUUAGAAUUUUCUUUAAAAUAUCAGAAUGAAGUACAUUUAACUUCUGUUAUGGAUGAGGGGAAAACUUGCCUGUGGAUGUUUAUUAAAUGGCUUUUUAAGAAACUUUUUAUUGUUCUGAUUUGUAAAGAUGUUUUGUUCAUUUUCAUGAAAAAGUCAUACAACAUCAUCUCAAGAUGAUCAAAAGGUCAUUUUGAAGGCAAUCCGUUUCUUAUCAUGACGACCUCUAGUAUUCCUCAGAAUUGAGUGACAAAUUAAAUCAUAAUAAGGGAGUGAUGGUACAAAAAUAAACCAUAGAAGAUGUCAACAGAGAGAAAAAAAAUUGUGGCAUAAUUGUAGAAAUUGCUUCAACAGUUAUCUUCCAUGUACAGGUCAUAUACACUGAAGAUUAAGAUGCAAGAACCCUACCUCUUUUUGUACAGUAUUUGAUUUGUGAUAUCUGUACAAGAUACAUGUAUAUGCACUCACCGUGGGGAAAGAGCAUUGAGAAUGGAUUGGCUGUGCAGCGAUUUCUAAACAAAAAUGUAUAUCUUCUGGGAUUUUAACAUGUAAUGGUUUAAUAACAAUCAUACCAAAUUCUGCCCAAUUUAAUUUCCAUCUCCACUUGUUCCCCCUUAUGGUGGAUCUCCCCAGUGAAAUAAAAACGACAAGUACCAAGAAUCACAUUCUCGCCUUGAUUUCAUUAGAUCCAGUGAUAUGGAAAAUCCUGAAAUGUCUGCUUGAAUUUUACGAAUCUACCUCUGUCAGCGUGCAGUCAGUUAGCCCCUAAUUGAGAAUACUGAUAAUGUCAUAAAAAUUGGGAAGGGAGUGAAGAAAAAGCAGGGAGGAACACCAAUGCUGAGAUCUUGGACUGGGGGUGUAUAAACCAAGGGUGGCUACGAUCCCCCAUGUCUGGCUUAAGAUAGUAAUUAACGGAAACAUGAAUAGUUUCUAUUUCUCCAACUCCAUUCUCCGCGUUUUAAAAUCGACAAGGUAUACACAUAGAGAUUGAAAUUAGACAUGUGUAACAAGUUUUCCAUGGAACAUUAUCGGAAGUCUGCAAGGGAAGAACCUAUAAUUUUCAGGGUUAAAAGGGAUCGUAAACAAAUAAUAUAUAUUAUGCAGACCAUAUGCUUCAGGUCAAUUUGAAUAAUUGUUGCUGGUUUUCAAAACUUGGGGAACAUGAGACAAUUCUGAAUGAUAUUUAUGACAUGUGACCUUUUCUCUCUGCCUCUCUCUUUUGUAGUAAUCUGAUCCAUGUAUUCACAAUUUACAAUUUUUCUGUAGGUGUCUACUAAUAAUAAAUCUUAUUAUGAUAGCAACAAAACAAGAACUAU